GUCUUUGAGUAGUAAUUUUGACAUUUAAAAGCCGCUUUUUCUAUUCGCUUACAUUAGAUUUAAAUCGAUCCCGGUAAAAAAUCGAAAAUUUAUUUUAAUUUAUUGUUAAUUGUUUAAAGUGUAAAAAAUAUAUAUUAAAAUGAGUUUAAGUGAUAGUGUAUUUAAUAAUUUACGCCAAAAGUUGGAUGUUAUGGGCUAUCGACAGUCAUUGCCCUUGGCCGCCAUACCACUUGUUGGAACUUUAUUUGAAGAUUUUAUAAAAACUACCGAAAGUUUAAGAGAUUCUAAAAAACAAAUUAUGGAAUUAUUAGAGGAAAAAUCAUGUUGGGAAUUGGGUGUCGAACCGUACAAGUGUGAUAAUUCACGUCUACUACAAGAAUGCAAUCAAUUGCAUACACAAAUUAUAAAACAACAGGAAGAAUAUGAGGAAAAAAUACAAGAACUAAAUAUUAAAAUUCGAGAUCUGCAAACCGAUAAAUUACAUUUACAACAACAUUGUGAACAAUUGCAACAACAACUAAAACUAAUACAAACUAAAACUGUUAGUACAAAUAUGAAAAACGGCAAGGAUACGAAAUCUAAGAAACCUUUUAUUACCACCGUGCGUUCAGGACAUGAACUGCCCGCUUUGCAGCCUUUACAAGAGCAUAAUAGUAAUUUGAAAUGUACAAAAUGUAAUAUGGGUUAUUAUCAACGAAUUGAAGCUGGUGGCAUUUCAACAACUAAAACUACAGAUAAAAAUUUAGAACAAUUAGAAAAUACCAAUAAAGAUUUAAUGGAUCACAUAAAAUUUUAUCAAAAAAAGAUAGAAGCUCGCGACCGUGAAAUCUUACGUCUUAAUGAUCUGCUGGCCGGAGGACGUCCUCCUGCUGCCUUGGCUCGUGAUUGUUGCUAUAAAAACUUUAAUACACUAAAUGAAGAUAUUGAUUUAUUGCAACGUGAAAAAAUGGAUAGUCUUACGCGAAUGCGUGAAUAUCAAGAACAAAUGCAUGAGGCAAUGCAAAGGGCUUUGGAUUUAGAGAAAUCAAAUCGUUCUUUACAAAAACAAUUAGAAGAAUUAAAAGAUGCCGCCUUAAUGGUGGAAACACAGGCGAAUAAUGAAAUUGCUUUGAGGGAGGCAGAAGUGGAAAUGCUUAAACGGCAGUUAAAGGAAAUGAUGACGAAAGAGAAGAGUGGUCAGGAUAAACAGAAACUAGAAUUAAAGAAGGGAAAAUCGGCGACAGUGACCACAAUUGAUAAACAUAAAAUAAAUGAGAAAAUUAAUGAAUGGACACAAAGAGAAUCUGAACUCAUGCAAGAAAAUGAUCACUUAAAGCGAAAAGUUACAAAAUUAAAAAGCAAACUACAAUACUUACAAAAAGAAAUCAAAGAAAUCGAAUCUCAACAUUCACAACAUUUGGAUGAAGAAAAAAUACGCCUCAAAUCCGAGCGAGAUUUCUUUCAAAAGGAAUAUUUACGCCUACUUAGUAAGGCGGGUUCAGACAAAGAAAUUGAUUUUCUUCAAAACCAAAUUAAGUCUAAAGACGAAGAACUGCGUGUUUUACGUUCAGAAUUAUGUGAUAGACAAAGUAAUGCUCUUGUGCCCUGCCUUAAAGAUAAUCAAAAUCAAAUAUCUUCCUUACCCUCCACAGCACGUUCUACUGCAUCUAGUUCUAGCAGUGAUUGUGUUCAGGCGGUGGUCUUGAGAGUUGAAAGAGAACGUGAUUGUGCUAGAGCUGAAGUAGAACGUGUUAAAUGUGAAAGGGAUACCUUGAGGGAGAAGCUAUUGUGUACCACUAAAAUGCAUGAUGAGCAAAUGCAUUGUACGCAACAGCGUUUUGAGGGACUCAGUGAACGUUUGCGGCAAUUAGAAAGAGAAAAUCGGGAAUUGCAAUCAGCACGUAUGCCAUCUGAGUCGCAAAUAAUGAUGUUGAAAGAUGAGCUGGAGUGUUAUAAACAACAGCAGUUCCAAUUGAGGGAAGAGAAUAAUAAGCUACAAACAACCUACAAUCAAUUAAAAAUGCUACAUGAACAAACCGAACGCUCUUUAUCGGAUUAUCAAAAUAAACUAUUAUUAGCUGAACGCCAAAUAGAAUCCUCAAAUAUGCGUUUAAAUACUUUAGAUACAAAUCGUGAGUCUUCCCAGCAGGAGGUGAUAAGAUUACGAAGUGAAGUAGCGGCCUUAAAACAGACUUAUGUUUCUUUGGAAAAUGAAAAGGAUAAAAUUUUGACACAAUUAGAUACCAAGACAGAGAAGGUUUAUCAAUUGGAAUAUGAACUGAAAGCCUGCAAAGAAAAACGUAAUAUGUUAGAGAAACAGGUUGGCGAAUUGGAAGAGCAAUUAAGGUAA